AUGUCAAAAUGCGGAAUAAACUUCACAGAAGUCAACCUCUUCAGCGACUCAACGAUCGCACUAUCAUGGAUAGCUAGCAGCAAAAAGCUUCCACCGAUUGUAACCACACUAGUUCAAAAAAUCAGCUUCGCCGCAGAAAGGAUCAGAGAAACAGCCAAACUCAACUUCUUCCACGUCCCAACAGAAGAAAAUGCAGCGGAUUGCGCAACAAGAGGAAUCAACAAGCAAGAAUUCACCGCUUGCAGAUGGUGGAAAGGACCAAGUUGGCUCAAUCACCCCAAUAAAGAAUGGCCAGUACGUCCCAUCAGUGACGUCAAAGACAGUGACGAUGACGAGUGCGAAAUGCUCACUUAUCAAACUACUGAAGAUCUUAGCAAAAGCAAUUCUGAUUGGCCAGUCGCUACGAUAAGCAGCUACCCCAAAUUGAAGCGAGUUGUGGCAUACUGCCUGCGUUUCAUCCGCAUGGCAAGCAAGAAUAGCCGCUUCAAAAUGGCAGAAGAAGAUCAAGGUACAUCACGAUUACCGAACGCAGCCGAGCUUAUUCUCGCUGAAAAACAUAUAGUCUUGCAAGAACAGCGGACCUACGGGACAGCUCUGGUCUCUAAAAACAAGCAGUUCAAAACUAUAUACGACAAAGAAGGAAUCCUACGAAGGCCAUUGACUCACAUAGGCGAAGACGACCCUUCUUGCCAAGUCUUGAGACCAGUGGACUUCAUCUAUAAGGACGUUCGGCUUGGAAGCACUCAACUUACACCCGCCGACGACGAUCAACACGAUCCAGAUUACCGGAUAGGUCCAGAACUCUCAUCACAAAAGGAAGCCAAAACAGCUCUUUUGGAGACCGAGAAGAUAACGAAAAAGUUCUGGAGUAUUUGGAAACACGACUAUCUCCUCGAACUUCGCGACCGUCACCAUGUCUUCAAGAAUGGAAAAACCACGAAUCGCAAACCAGAAGUUGGAGAUGUUGUGCUGCUUGACGAAGACUCUCAGUUGAACAGAGGAUACUGGCCAAUGGCAGUCAUAACACAACUAGUGCCUAGCAGAGACGGAGAAAUUCGAAGCGCGGUGCUGAGAACCGCAUCAGGAAGAGAGAUUCAAAGACCCCUCAAUCGCAUAGUUCCUUUGGAAAUUCGUUCAACAACGGAAAAAGAAGAGGAGAGACGGGAAACAACGCCACAAAAAGGAGGAAUAGUAGCCAAGGUGAAAAAAGCGCUCAGGAAGAAACCAACAGCAGCACCUGAACCUCGCAAGCAACCACAGAGAGCUGCAAAAAAGCCUGUAGAUUACUCAUCUUCUAACUCGUCCACCAUAAAGAGAAGCACUUCACAAAUCAGCAAGUCAGUGAUGAUAACAAUAUGCCUGGCAGCUCUUCUUCUCAUUGAUACGGCGUCCGCAAAUGUGCUAUCCUGCUCUGAACAUGGAGUGAAAGUCAACACGACUUCGGAAUCUGAGUCACAAUUAUGUCUCAAUUAUAAGGACUGUCUGCAAAUCUCGACGAAGAAAGGAUUGCACGAAGUAGCGCUUCCGCCGAAGUACCGCACAAUAGAACAUCGAGUUCAAUGGCGCACCAUGAUCGGAGCAACACAGUACUCCGACACCAUUAUCUGCCCACCAAGAGACAUUUGCGACAUGAUCAAAUGCACAGUUUGUGCAGACUUGAUUCGAAAUCCACACUGCGCCCCCAACACUGCGGUAGCAAUCACAGCAGUUUGCGCAUACCUUAUGAUGCUGCUCAUCUGGUUCAUUUGCUACACUGGACUUCAAGGAAAACGUCUUUUGUGCCGAACUAGCGAGAACGAGAUGCCAACGGAAAAUCCUGUUGCUCCUGCGAAUGAUCGACUUUCCGAGCUUCUAGGAAAACAAUCCCGAUCUCUACCAAUCCAAUCAAAGAUGAUCACAUUCGUGGCUAUUGCAACAUGUCUCGUCGCAGGAGUCAAUUCAUGCCAGUACACUCACACACUCACGUCAAGGAACACCAUUUGCAUGAGGAUCAAUAACACGCUCAACUGUCGCUACACUAUCGAAAACAGGAUAACCUUGAGUGAGCACCGACCUCAAGCUUGCUUCAGGAUUCAACAUGAUAACAAGACAGUUGGCAGCAUGGAGAUACAACUCCAACACGUCGUACUCCAGUGCAAUCCCGUAGUCUUGUUCUACACCCGAGAUGCCGAGAUAGUGACCGAGUCAGCAAAACGAUGCCAUUUCUCUGGAUCAUGCUCAUCCAACACAUGUGCUCACACUAGCCAACGAUCCUACAUACCUGAACUUCACAACUCCUACGAAUUUCCUGGAUACUCAAGGUGCACCUCGUCUUGUGGAAGCAUCGGAUGUGGUUGCCUUCUACCUCUACCUGGAUGCCUCUUCUCCCGCUCAUAUGGAAAACCGCAAAGUGAAACAGUUUACCAAGUGUUCCAUUGCCCGACUUGGGAUGAAUCGGCAAUCAUCAAAUACACUUACACAAGUGUUAAUGGACGAAGAGAAACGAAUAUAGCCACAGUCACCGCGCAGACUACUCACACUCAAAAGGACGCCAACCUAACACUGGAAUUCGUGACAACGCCAACGAUUCCGCUACUGAGCUCUGUAUUUUUGCAAGCCGUCAACACCACUAAAGCGGAAACUGCCUUGGUCGACAACGACGACGUAUUUGCGCUCAGAUGCCCAACGAUGGAGAGCUCUCGAAACCUUUCGCUUUGCCAUGUAGAAGACACUUGCAAAUGUUACCCGACGGAUGACCAGGCUAACUGUAUCUGCAAGAACACGAACAUAUCGGAUCUGACCACAUCAUUGGACAGCAGAGUGCCACUAUCUUCCUCAUUCUUACAUCUACAAGAAGCUCAUGGAAGAGUACUUGGAGUCAGCCACAAAUCCAUAGUCGACGUCACUAUCAGCACGACUGCGGAAUGGAAUACAGCGAGUGUUGUCAACAACGAAGACUGUGACAUCACGGCUUCACCGAUUCAAGGAUGCUACAACUGCAUAACCGGCGCACGACUUACCUUCUCUUGCCAUUCACCGCACCCAACAAUGGUGGAGAUACUGUGCACGCAGAAUACCUAUGCGGCCUUCUGCGAUCAAAACACAAUGCAGACAGUUGCUAUACUUCAAGCGACCACCGCUAAAUAUGUCGACAAAUGUUCACUGAAAUGCGGAACGAAGAGCCACGUAUUCAACAUCUCUGGUAUCCUGGCAUACCACCCACACGAAAACGGAGUACUCUUCACGAAUGCUAGCGAGGAAGCUUCAUACGUCAAUGUCUACAACUAUCCCGACAUUGGACACAUCAUCAGCGUCGCACUCUCGUCAUGGAAGAUGCUCGUCGUAGCUACCAUCGCAAUCGCAGCGGCGUUAGCCUUCACUAUUUUUUGUGUCCCAAAAAUUAUAAAAUUGUCAUUGAUGUGCGUGUAA